CGCUGUGCAAGGGCGGCUCCCUGGAGAGUGGGCAGGGCUCCAUGGGCGGCUCGGCCAAGCACAAGCCCAACGUGGGCUACCGCCUGGGCCGGCGCAAGGCCCUCUUCGAGAAGCGCAAGCGGAUCAGCGACUACGCGCUCGUCAUGGGCAUGUUCGGCAUCGUCGUCAUGGUCAUCGAGAACGAGCUCUCCAGCGCCGAGGUCUACGGAAAGAACAGAUAUGUACCAGCGCCCUUUUGGGCAUCUGAAGAACAGCAAGGUGCAAAAGCAGCUGUACAAACGUCUCAUGGGCUUUCCUUUGGCACGACGAAUGAAGAGACGGCCUGUGAACGCAGCGUCGCAGAACUAAAGCAUAAACAAGCGAUGGGCAAGCGCGGGCUGUGGAAAGAGCCCGAGCGAGCCAACGUGGAAGAAAAGAGUGACGGAAGCGGGGAAGGUCAAGACUUAGGAUACCCUUUACCAAUCAGCCUAUAA